AUGUCAAUUCGUCAAGUUAUAAAACCAACAAUUAAGAGAUCUAGAUGUAAAAAUUUGAUAUCUUUAGGUACUAUACGUUAUAAUUCCACAACAUCAACUACCACUCAAAUUGAUGCAAAAAUCACCACAAUAGUUGAUCAAAUUGAAAAAUUAACUUUAUUAGAAACUUCACAAUUAAUUUCAGAAUUAAAAGAAAGAUUAAAUAUUUCAGAUAUUGCUUUGCCUGCUGCAUCUAGCAAUGGUGCUCCUUCACAGCAACAAGCUCCAGUAGAAGAAGAAGUUCAAGAACCAAUUGAAGAAAAAACUAUAUUUUCCAUUAAAUUAGAAUCAUUCGAUGCAAAAUCAAAACCAAAAAUUAUUAAAGAAGUUAAAGGAUUAUUAGGUUUAUCAUUAGUUGAAUCAAAGAAAUUUGUUGAAAGUGCUCCAAAAAUAUUAAAAGAAAAUGUUGCAAAAGAAGAUGCUGAAAAAAUUAAAGCUACAUUGGAAGGUUUAGGUGCAAAAGUUUCAUUAGAAUAG